AUGUGUAAGAACAUUGUCAAAAAGGCCAAUCUGCCACACCCUGUUUUGAUAUACGACAUACUGGAGGAGCGGACACGAGCCAUUCAUGAAAGUCUAGGGCCACAGCGCAUGAUCAUCGCGCAGUCAAUUGGCGAAGCCACCUCCAAGGCGGACGUCAUCUUUUUCUCGGUACCCAACGAUGAAGCCGUCCGGGCGGUGAUGGACCAGAUUCUGGCAGCCGGCGUCGCGGGCAAAGUGGUGGUCAAUUGCAGCACCGUGCAUCCCGAUACAAGUGCUCAAGAGGCCGGGGCCGUGACCGCUGCCGGGGGAAGCUUCGUCGCAUGCCCCGUGUUUGGCAGUGCCCAGAUGGCCGAAGCCGGCCAGAUCGUUGCCGUUCUGGCGAGUGACACCCCCGCAGCCGCGGACAAGGUCAUGCCCCUGUGCAAAGGCGUCAUGGCGCGCGACGUGAUCGACGUCUGCAGCGGUGGUCGGGGCGACGGCGACGCUGCUGCUGCUGCUACUACUGCGGCGCGGGGUCCGCUGCUGCUCAAGAUCAUCGGCAACAUGUUCGCGCUCAACAUCGCGACCGCGCUGGCCGAGGCGCAUGUGCUGGCGGAAAAAGCCGGCCUUGGAUCCGACCAGUUCCACCAAUUCGUCCAGACGCUGUUUCCCGGUCCUAGCGCUGCGUACUCCCACGCCAUGCUCAGCGGCAGCUACCACCGCCAACAAAAGCCCCAGGGUCCAGCCCUUCUGGCCAAAAAGGACGCCCAGUACGCCCAGAGCCUGGCCAGCGAGGCCGGUGUCCGCCUCCGCACUCUCGAAGUCGCCCAGCAUUAUGUCGGAGCCGUCUUGCAACACAAAGGGGACGACGGGGCGAUGGCCGGAGUGUACGGCGCUGCGCGACUGGAGGCCGGCUUGCCUUAUGAAAAUUAA